UCCCUCCUGUCUCCCCCUCCCCCCUCUGUGUGUGUCUGGCUCCUGAUUGGCCGCUUGCUCGCCCAGCUGACUGUGCUGUGUCAGACAGAGAGAGAGAGAGAGGGAGGGAGAUGGAGGCGACAGCGAUGGGGUCAGCCGUGAGGCGUCCAUCAUGGCGGCAGCGUCGUACGAUCAGCUGCUGAGACAGGUGGAGGUUUUAAAGAUGGAGAACUCCAACCUGAGACAGGAGCUGCAGGACAACUCCAACCACCUGACCAAGCUGGAGACCGAGGCCUCCAACAUGAAGGAAGUGCUGAAGCAGUUGCAGGGCACCAUUGAAGAAGAGUCUGGAGAGGCAUCUGGAUCUCAGCUGGAGCUCAUCGAAAGACUGAAAGAGAUGAGCUUGGACUCUGGAGGUUUUAAGCCCAGAUUGAGGCCUCCUCUGCCCCCUUCCUCCUCCUCCAGCUCGGCCUCCUCUGGCUCUGGAGCUCCUGGAGGAGCAGCAGGAGGCCCCGGAGCUCCUGGCACCUCUGCAUCCACCGCCUUCCCCAGGAGAGGACUGCCGUCAGCGGGCAGAGAUGGCCACGACCGCUGCCUGGAGGAGCUGGAGAAGGAGAGGUCUCUUCUAUUGGCUGAGCUGGAGAAGGAGGAGAAGGAGAAGGACUGGUACUACGCUCAGCUACAGGAUCUGACCAAGAGGAUCGACAGUCUGCCGCUCACUGAGAACUUUACUCUGCAGACGGACAUGAGCCGCCGUCAGCUGGAGUUUGAGGCUCGUCACAUCCGGUCGGCGAUGGAGGAGCAGCUGGGCUCCUGUCAGGAGAUGGAGAGGAGAGCUCAGGCUCGUGUGUCUCGUAUCCAGCAGAUAGAGAAGGACAUCCUGAGGCUGGGAGCUCGGCUGCAGGUGGAGGGAGCGCAGGGGGUGAGCGACAGCAGCGGAUUGGCCGGAGCUCAGACCUCCAGCAGCCGAUUGGACCACGAACCGACCAAUGAGACGAGCUAUUCUGUGCCUCGACGAAUCACCAGCCACUUGGGAACCAAGGUGGAGAUGGUGUACAGCCUUCUGUCCAUGCUGGGGACUCACGACAAAGACGACAUGUCGCGGACACUCCUUGCCAUGUCGAGCUCGCAGGACUCCUGCAUCGCCAUGCGUCAGUCUGGCUGUCUGCCGCUGCUCAUCCAGCUGCUGCACGGCAACGACAAGGACUCUUUGUUGCUAGGUAACUCCCGCGGCAGUAAAGAGGCUCGUGCUCGGGCAUCAGCGGCGCUGCACAACAUCGUCCACAGUCAGCCAGACGACAAGCGAGGGCGGCGUGAGAUCAGAGUGCUCCACCUACUGGAGCAGGUGCGUCAUUACUGCGAGGCCUGCUGGAGCUGGCAGGAAAACCACGAGAGGGGCGUUGACCAGGAGGACAACCCCAUGCCGUCUCCAGUUGAACAUCAGAUCUGUCCGGCCGUCUGUGUCCUCAUGAAACUUUCCUUUGAUGAAGAACAUCGACACGCCAUGAACGAACUGGGUGGUCUGCAGGCGGUGGCCGAGCUGCUGCAGGUCGACUGUGAGAUGUUCGGUCUCAGCAGCGAUCAUUACAGCGUCACUCUGCGGCGAUACGCCGGCAUGGCGCUCACCAACCUCACCUUCGGAGACGUGGCCAAUAAGGCCACGCUGUGCUCCAUGAAGGGCUGCAUGAGGGCAAUGGUCGCUCAGCUAAAAUCAGAGAGCGAGGACCUACAGCAGGUAAUCGCCAGCGUUCUCAGGAACCUGUCGUGGCGCGCUGAUGUCAACAGUAAGAAGACGCUGCGUGAGGUCGGCAGCGUGCGAGCGCUGAUGGGCUGCGCCCUCGAGGUCCAGAAGGAGUCUACUCUGAAGUCCGUACUGAGCGCACUCUGGAACCUGUCAGCUCACUGCACAGAGAACAAGGCCGACAUCUGUGCUGUUGAUGGCGCUCUUGCCUUUCUUGUGGGAACUCUGACUCAUCGCAGCCACACCAACACGCUCGCCAUCAUCGAGAGUGGUGGUGGCAUCCUGCGCAACGUGUCCAGCCUCAUCGCCACCAACGAGGCGCACAGGCAGAUCCUGCGUGAACACGGCUGCCUGCCGACGCUUCUGCAGCACCUGAAGUCUCACAGUCUGACUAUCGUGUCCAACGCCUGCGGGACGCUCUGGAACCUCUCGGCUCGAGACGCCAAGGACCAGGAGGCAUUAUGGGAGCUGGGUGCUGUGGGCAUGCUGCGUAACCUCAUCCACUCCCGCCACAAGAUGAUCGCCAUGGGCAGUGCCGCGGCCCUGCGCAACCUGAUGGCCAACCGCCCAGCACGCUACAAGGACACGAGCGUGGUGUCGCCGGGUGCUGGUGCCCCGUCGCUGCACGCCCGCAAACAGAAGGCGUUAUUUGAGGAGCUGGAUGCGCAGCAGCUGUCAGAGACUUUCGACAACAUUGACAACCUUAGCCCUAAGGCGGCACACAGGAAGGGGCGGGGCUGUAACGGCACUGGGGGAGGAGGGAGCACGACACGCUCCUAUGCCAACACGCCAGUGCUGUCGAGUCCAAAGAAUGGAGAUGGAUCAAAGAGGACGGGGGAGGAAGCGACAUACCCUCGGCCAGUGUUCCCGCCCAGUGUCCGAGCAUCCAGCGACAGCCUCAACAGCGUGACGAGCGCCGACGGUUACGGCAACCGCGGCAAGAACAAACCAUCAUCGGAGCCGUUUUAUUCGUCAGAUGAGAGUGGAGCGAACAAGUGCUGUGUCUACAGGAAAUACCCGGCCGACCUGGCUCAUAAGAUCCGCAGCGCCAACCACAUGGCGGACGACGACGGCGCGGAGCUGGAUACGCCCAUCAACUACAGCCUGAAGUACUCUGAUGAACAGCUGAACUCUGGGAGACAGAGCCCGAGUCACCGCGGCGGCAUCGAGAGCGAUGACGAUGACGGACAGGAUGCCAGGCUCAGGAGGAGGAACGAUGGCGGCGAAUCAACAACGAGCAGCAGCCGCAUGACAUCUGUCCCCCCGUCACGCUAUGUUGUCGUCACAGCAACGUCAAACUACGGCAGCGACUCAACAAACGAACAGCCAAUAGACUACAGCCUAAAGUACGGCGCUGAUGCUGCCCGCAAACCGCUGUUCAAGCCAGAAGAGGCCGCUGCCCCCUCCCUUCCCCCUCCUCCGUCCACCUCCACCAGUAAGCUCCGCCCCCCUCCACAAGCCAAUCGUGCGCCAAAGAGCAACCAAGAGUCGACACAGACAUACUGCGUGGAGGACACGCCCAUCUGCUUCUCCAGAGGCAGCUCGCUGUCGUCGCUGUCAUCAGAGGAGGAGGAGGAGGACAGUGAUGUCAUUGGGAGAAAGAGGAGGGGCGGGAGCGUUAUCAGCGGCGGCGACAGCAACGAUUAUCCGACACUUCCUGUCAGUGAGAAAGACUCACAUGAGCAGCAGCAGCGGCAGCAGAAAGAAGCAGAGAGUCAGACCGCCACCGCUCCCUCCACACGGGGUCGACGAGGUCACCACCACCACCACGGCCACGCCCACCACCACCAUCACCACCACCACGUGACAACAUCAUCUGGCGCCAGGACUCCUAAAAGUCCACCAGAGCAGCCAUACGCUCAGGAGACGCCACUGAUGUUCAGCCGCUGCACCUCCGUCAGCUCCCUGGACAGCUUCUCCACCUCCUCUAUCGCCAGCUCUGUGCGCUCCAGUGAGCCAUGCAGCGGCGUGCCAAGUGGUGUGGUCAGCCCAAGCGACCUGCCUGACAGUCCGGGGCAGACCAUGCCACCGAGCCGUGCUAAGACCCCGCCACUGCCCCCGCCAACUCAGACGACCAAGGAGGAGGUAACAGCCAAGAAGAAAGAUGAGGAGGAGAGCAGCGCCGACGUCCUGCUGCACUUCGCCACUGAGAGCACGCCGCACGGCUUCUCCCGAGCCUCGAGUCUGAGCGCGCUCAGUCUGGACGAGCCAUACAUCGCAGCAGAGAUGAAGAAGAAGGAGGAGAAGGAGGAGGGAGGGAAUGAGGAGAGGAAGGAGGAGGCGGCGGCAAAACCGAUCCUCGAUGAAUCAGACGAUGACGACGACAUCGAGAUCUUGGAGGCCUGCAUCAACAUGGCUAUGCCCAAGUCAUCACGGAAACCAAAGAAACAGCAACAAGUGGCACCACGGAAACCUAGCCAGCUUCCUGUCUACAAGCUCCUCCCACCUCAAAGCCGCACUCAGUCACAGCAGAGAAAGGAUGUGCUGCCUCCACCGCCACCAGAGGAGGUGCCAAGAGUUUACUGCGUGGAGGGAACGCCACUCAACUUCUCCACAGCCACCUCGCUCAGUGACCUCACCAUCGACUCUCCACCCAAUGAGGAGGCAGCAGUAGCCGUCAUACCUGUGCUUCCACCCCCCUCCACCCAGAGGAGGCGAGCUGGACUUCCUGAGGGCGAGAACGGUGAUGACAUCCUUGCCGAGUGCAUCAGUGCCGCCAUGCCCAAAGCCAAACCCAGGAAACCAAUCAGAGCGUCAGCAAAUGGCGAGCACCUCCAAGCCCCGCCUCUCCCUCCUCCUCUUCCUCCCCCAGCCCCGCCUCCUCUCGGCCCUCAACAGCAGAAGAAGAAGCCGACAUCUCCAGUGAAGCCAAUGCCUCAGCGCCCGGCAUAUGGCGUCGCCACGGCAACAGCCACCAAAGCUAAACCAGGGUUUGCCUUUGACUCGCCACGACACUACACGCCCAUCGAGGGAACGCCGUGCUGCUUCUCUCGCAAUGACUCGCUGAGCUCGCUCGACUUUGACGAAGAAGAUGGCGGUGGUGAGAAGGAUGAUGAGGAAAAGAAAACGAAAGAAGAAGAAGGCAAAAAGAAGAAGCAGCAGACGGCGGCUAUUUUCCCUCGAACCAAACCUGCGACCAAUCAGACGGCAACGGAUGAGAAGCAGAAGUUUGCCAUUGAGGACACGCCCGUCUGCUUCUCCAGGAACUCGUCGCUGAGCUCGCUCAGCGACAUCGACCAGGAGAACAACAACAAAGAGUUCGCCCCACCGCCGCCAGAGCAACAAGGUGGAGCCAAACCGGGAACAAAGUCUCCUCCUCCUGCACAGGUGGAGUCCAAGCCCCGCCCCCCAGCAGCAAGCGGCUAUGCCCCCAAAGCGUUUCAUGUGGAGGACACACCUGUCUGCUUCUCGAGGAACUCGUCUCUCAGCUCGCUCAGCAUCGACUCUGAGGAUGACCUGCUGCAGGAGUGCAUCAGCUCCGCCAUGCCCAAGAAAAAGAAGAAGGCCGCUGCUGCUGCUGCUUCCGUCACCACGCAGCUUUCUGUUCCCAAAGCUGACGACAGCUUUCUGGCCGAGGAGGAGCCUUCAGAGGCGCCGAGAAGCCCCGCCUCCCCUGACUCAGAGUCAUUCGACUGGAAGGCAAUCCAAGAAGGCGCCAACUCUGUGGUGAGCAGCCUGAAUGCUGCCGCUGCCACGUCGCUGUCCCGCCAGCCAUCAUCAGACUCAGACUCUGUCCUCUCUCUGAAGUCCGUUGGCUCACCGUUCCAUCUCCCGACAUCCAAUAACAACGCAGAAGAGGAAGAGGAGGUGGAGGAGAAGGAGGAGGUGAAGCAAAGAGCUAGGAUCCUGAAGCCGGGAGAGUGCAGCACAUUGGAGGCCAAGAAGAAGAAGGAGGAGGAAGAGGAGGAGGAGGCGAAGGCAGUGAGAGGCGGGAAGAAGGUGUACAGAAGUCUGAUCACAGGUAAGCCGAGGGCAGAACCAUCAGCCAGGGGGCGGAGCAAACCUAGAGCAGCACCUGUGGCCAAAGCUCCAGGUAGCAGCGAUGACAGAGGAGGUGGGUCAUCCCGGGACUCCACACCGUCUCGCUCGUCCAUGGCGGCCAGCCAGAAAGGAGGGAAGCUGUCGCAGCUGCCGCGCACUGCCUCUCCAGGAAGUGUGUCAUCGUCGGUCUCCAAGUCAGGCAAACAGAGCGUGGUGGCGAGGAGUGGUGGCGGGAUCCCUAGGAGUGAAUCGGCAUCAAGAGUUGGUGGCUCCACGACAGCAAAGAAGCAAAGGGCGGAGCCUGAAAAGCCGACGCUUGUCCGCCAGUCGACCUUCAUCAAAGAAACUCCGAGUCCGACCCUGAAGAGGAAGCUGGAGGAGUCCGCUGCUGCUGCCGCUAUGGUGGCAUUGGAGUCACCGUCUAGCCCUGACACACCGCUACCACCAACAACCAGGAGACAUGAUGUCAACCGCUCCCACUCUGAGAGCCCCUCAAGGCCACAGGAAGUGACAUCAUCACGCUUUAGCCGCGCUGGCACUUGGAAGAGGGAAAAUGGCAGUGGUGGAGGUGGAGGGGGUGGCGGGAAACACUCAACAUCGUUGCCACGCGUGGGGACGUGGAAACGGACAGGAAGCUCAUCAUCUGUUUUGUCAGCAUCAUCAGAGUCCAGUGAGAAGGGGCGGAGCGAGGAGGACAGCGCCGUGAGGUCAAAGGGAACUUGGAGGAAGGCGAAGAGUGGUGGUGGCUCAUUGACCGGCCGCAGCUUUGCCGACCAAUCGGAAGACGUGUGGGUUCGUCUGGAGGACUGUCCCGUCAACAACCCACGCUCCUCCUCUUCCUGUUCGGCCCGCUCUCCCACCGCGGCCAACGCCCCGCCAGUCAUCGACGCCCCUGUCCCCUCCAAAAUCCCAUCCUCCUCCUCUUCCUCCUCCUCCAAUCUCAACCUGCGCCGCAGCUGCGAAAGCCUCGACUGAGAAGCGCCGCCGCCCGACCGCCAACAACCGCAGCAGCGAGGUCAACAGCGCAGUGGCGCCGUGGCGGCUCGAGUCAGCCCCUUCAACUACACCCCGAGCCCAAGGAAGAGCAAUGCUGAUGUCACCACUGCUACCACAGCAACCACCACGACAUCAUCAUCAUCAACGACCCCCACACGACCUUCACUCAUCCCCACCCCUGUCACCAAAAAACGAGAGCCGAAGGGCGGGGAGGGAAGUGGUGGCAGCGGCGGUGGUGAGCGCGGCUCAUACAUCGUGACUUCAGUUUGAAGAGUCUGGACAAAAAAUGGCUGCCACAGUUGGGACAGCUGACAAAAUGGAGAGUGUAAAUAUGGAGAGAGAAAAGUGUUGUGAACUGUACAGGAAGUGAGUCUGUAUAUAAGUGCUAGCCCCGCCCCUCACCUUCCUCCUUUCCCCUUAUUGGCUCCUUUCACCUGUCAGUCAAGCUUGUUAAUUCAAUGAGAGAAACUUUAAAAAUGAACUUUUUAUGUUUUUAUACCACUAAAAUGAUGUGUAGCGCUUAGCUCCGCCCCCUCUGCCUGUGUCCCUGCAUGGCCCCGCCCCCACCCUUAACAAUAGCAAUUACCAUGGUGACAUAAUGGUGAUGAUAACGAUGUGUCUGCUAGCUGUAGCGUCUGAGCUGAUUCUGGUCUUUAGAAAGUUUUCAUGUUUUUUUGAACAGAGUUUGGUUCUGAAAAAAAAAGUUUUUUCUUGGGUGGAGAAAAGGUCAAAGGUCAAAGUCUGAAACUGACGAGUUGAAGUUAAAUUCAGUUUGUUCAGAAAAAAAACAAACCAGAGUUUUUAGCUUCAGUUUCUGACCUUCAGUAGUUUAAUGGACGUUUUCAGGACAGAAGUUGUUUUUGAAAACUUUCAGAUUAAAAGUUGUUUUUUUUUUUUUUCAGAACUUCACUCUUCACUCACACAAACUGCUUUUAUUCCAGAGAGGGAAGUUUGCUGCCGACCGAACUGUAAAUGCUCUGAAAAGCUCAGCAGCUCGUCUGAUUCCUGUAUUUCCUGCUGAUUUUGUUUCCUGAGAAAUCGUUUGUCGGCUGAAAACUUCCUGUUCUGUGUCGCCUUGGAAACAAAUAAUACUGUAAAACGUAAGUUAUUGCUGUAAAACCUUUUAACUUUGAAGCACAUAAUGUAAAACUAAAUGAUUUUUGCCAAAAAGUUGCCACAGUUUUAUUCAUGGCUGUAAGUUGAUUUUCACUGUUUUUAUGUUGCUGGAGAAAAAAGGCAGAAACCUUUUGGCGAAAUGUUCAAUCGAUAACGAAAUAAAACAUUUUAGGUGCAAAUAGA